GGCGGGCUUCGGCCCCCCCAUGUUGCCGCGCAACAGCAGCAAAGGGACAACGUUGACGAAGAGCAUGUCCUCCGCGGCACUCACCAGGACGAUGUCCAAGCCGACGCUGUACAUGGCCCACACGUCGUCACUGGGAGCUUUGCCAGACCCUCAGGAAAACCUGCAGGACUGGAGGAACGCCUUGGAGGACCAGGAGGAGUACGACGGAUGGACGAGCCAGAGUGACUUGAAUGACGAGCCAAAGGAUCCAGAUGCCAUGGUGUUGUCGCCAUACGUGGGGAAGCCAUUGAGCGACCCUCGCCAUGGUUCCUUGCAGUGUUUUUGGCGCCUGGUGAGGAUAUGCCAUCAUGAUCACCUUCUGCUCGCUGGAUUGUGGCGCUGAAUUUCUUGUGUGCUACCAUGCUGGCGCUGUGGUCUGUGGUCUUCAUGAACCUGAAGAGCAUAAUGCAGCCUGGGGCUUCGACGCAGUUCAAGAUCUUCGGGCAGGAGACGAACAUGACCGUGUCCUACGAGAUGCUGCUGCCGCUCAUCUUCGUCUGGGGCCCUCUGCAGGGGGUGACCAAGGCGGUGGCCAACUUCCUUACGGUGAGGCUGAUGAUCGAGUGGAGAUCGAAUCUGCAGGCCAAGUUGCAGGAGAUGUACCUCAGCAGGACGGGCAGGCUGUACUACACGCUCAGCAACCUCGACGGGCGCGUGGACUCGGCGGACCAGCGAAUCACGAACGACGUUGACCUUCUCAUGCAGUUCUUCUGUGAGUUCGCCUUCGGCGGCGUGAUGAAGACCGACUCGGGCGUGCUCUUCAAGAGCAGCGUCUUCGUGGUCAGCUGCCUGAUCGUGUGGCUCGACGUUGAGCAGAUGAGCCCCGGUCAGGGCGGCCUGGCGCCAGGGCUGGCGUUCUCCCUGUUCGCGGUCGGGAUGUACCUUGUGGACCGCCUGGGUCAGCGUUGCGGCGAAGCCCAAGCAGAGCUGCAGGCGAGCGAGGGCGCCUUCCGCGCCGCGCACUCGCGCGUGCAGACCUUCGCCGAGGGCAUCAGCUUCUACGGAGGAGAGGAGACCGAGAGGGUGAUGUUGGACACGCACCUGCAGCCGGUGCUCGACAACUUCAUCGUCUUUGCGAGGCGGAAGUUCCCGAUGGAGGUGUUGCAGUUGCUGUUCUUCCAGGGGCAAUACACCAUCGCGAUGCUGCUGGGCGGGGUUGUGGCCUUCAAGGAGCACGACGACGAGGCGAGGAGGACCCAGGCGUUCGACCUCACGAACAGCGCCAUGGUGUCGUGCCUCCAGGCGCUCAACAAGAUCACCUGCCAGGCGAUGGACUUCGCGAAGGCGCGGGCCCUGUGCCUGCGCGUCUCCAUGCUGUACGAGGUGAUGGAGGCGUUUCCGGGUAUCGACUUCCACCCACCGGGCCUCGCUUCGCCGUGCCCGUUCGGCCUCCACCGCGGCACACCU